AAAGGUUGAUGAUUCUAAGACCUUGGCGUUUUCACUUCUGAACAAUCGGUUGAAAAUGUUUCGCUUGUUCGUCUUGAUAUUGGCCUUGGCUUGCCCUUCUUUGUACACUUCCCUGUCGCUGGAGAACCGCCAUGUAAGGUUUUACAGUUUUAUAAUUUUCUUUCAAGAUAUUCACUUUUCUGUAACAUUGAUUCCAUUAAGUAAACUUCAGGCUGACAAUUUUCGCAAGCCUUGCCAGAGACAUAGCGCUUUUGAGCACAUUUGAUCAUGCUUUAUGGAAUAUUACAUUUUACAUAAGUUUUAAUUAAUUGUGGUUAAUUGACUAAAAAGUUCCCAUCAAUGGGUCCAUUUUAGGCUUGCGUUCCUAUGUGGCGAGUUUCCCAUGACGAAUCCUAAGUAAACUUAACUAUGAAACUUCUGUUUAUCCAAGCAAAUUUUCAGACUGGUCAAGUUCUGUAUUAAUCCAAUUGAUCUUGCGUAUAAUUUUCCAUUUGUUUAUUUACCUGUUUUGAGGGCUCAAAAAAUGUGCGCGAAAAAGGUAAUUUCACCGCUUCAUUUUGGUGGAGGAAGCAAUAACUUGACUUGCGCGAAUUGCGAUUCGACAUAAAGGUUGAUUAGACACGCGGUUAUGUUGUAUGUUGACAAUCUUUGAUUUCGCUGUCUAAAGUUACAGAGUUUUAGCGCCAAGAGCGUAAAAAGUUCAAAUAAUUGCUCCAAGUAAGAAUACUUUUGGGAUUAGUGCGCAUGUUUCCUACUUGAGAUACCUUAAAAGUCACUUCGCCUCACAUCAUUUAAGUUGAUUCCGGAAGGGGCUUUGGGGACGCAAAAAAAGCAGUUAUUCGCACUGUAAAAUGCGCUUGGAUUUUAAACAGUUUUGAUGCCAUGCAUAUUGAAUGACAUCAAUUUAUCCCUGCACUUCUAUUUCUUUAUUUUGAAAUUAUGCUUAUUUUUCUUAAUUUUCGAUCGUUCUAACGCCUUGCAUAAAAAUUCACUGAGAUUUUAAAAUUUUGUGACUUUUAUAAUUUUUGCUUGAUUUUGCGUUUUGGAAAAAGCCGCAAAACUGAUUGGUCCGGGCUAAAUGACGUUCGUGUAAAAUCAAACUGUCAAAACAAAAUAGAUGAACAGAUUAGGUUAUGUUGUAUUAAUUAAAAUUCUCAGCACCAAGAUUUGUUCAGUUACUUUAGUGCAAGAAUAAUCAUGUACACUUUGAUAAAUUAUGGCUGUAGUUCGCCGUUCAGAAAGGCUGAAAAUUAAUAAACCAAGUCUAUGCGUCAGCAUAAGGAAAAUCUCCAGACCUUUUCUUCAAGUACUACUAAAUCCCUCUUGUUGUGGAUGAAAUGCCUCUGUUUUUAUUGCCGACAAAAAUAAUGAAAUUAAAGGAAAAAGAAAACUAGACACUGCGUCUGAAUUUUGUAAAGCACACUCUCUGGACGACGAGCAACUGUCGAAAAUCACGACCUUUUCUUCCUCAACGGGCGUGAUGUUUUGGAUCAUAAAGCUCAUUCGAUUCCUUUCCGAAAGGAGGCGUUUCUGUUUUCCUUGCGACAAUGUUUUGGUCUUAACUGUAAUACACACUAUUCGUUAAGACAAAGACGGCGUCAGUUCACACUUUAAUAUUAGCUUCAUAUUGUGUAUUCUUUAAUUUUUAGAUUCCGGCAGUGUUACUUGCAAAUAAUAAAGAUGAGGUGGAAGUUGAGACGAUUGACGACUCGCUUCAUAAUAAAAGAUUUCAAAGAAGCUUGUUGUCUUCCGAUCAGAGCAAAGACGACCUCUCUGUCAAGACCAUCAAAAAAAUGCAAGAUCUUCUGAACCAGUUUACUAGAGGGCAUGUUCUUGAUACAAUGUGUAAGGACAAAUACAUGGUACGAGGUUUCCACUACAAACAAAGUAUUCUGAUAGAGACCCGCUCGGCAUUGCCAGUUCACUAUACAUUAACCGCAGAAGGUGAGGGGAAUUAAACUCGGCUUUUUUUUUUCUGUUGUUCCUGCCUUCGGCAAUUUCUCAAAUCUCAUGAGGAAUAAUUCAGUAACACUAAGUACUAAACAAACAAUAAGGCUGCAUUAAAAGUAAAAGCCAAACAAUGAAACUUAAAGAGAGCAGCAAAAAAAAAAAAAAAAAAAAAAUGGAAUCUCAUACCUUGCAGUUCCCUUUGAACAGUAAUAUUUUAGGAAAAAAUUAUGCUAGUCAUGCAUUAUAAGGGUUAAAUUGAGCUAUGUCAAUUGCCAGUGUUUGGUAUUACAUUAUUACAGUAGAACCUCGAUAGCUCGAACUCCCUGCUAACUCGUACAAAGUUCGAUUUCCCUUGGAUUUACCCCCACAGUUUUACUCGGUUAACUCGUGCAUACCUCGAAUUCCCCGCUUACCCGAACUAAAUUCCCUCUCCCUUGAUCAAAAUUUCACCGAAAUUUACCCCGCUAACUCGAAUUCUGGUUCUUGUAACUCCACUCGGAUGCCACUUCUUGUUGCAUAAUCAGUAAAAUGCUGACUACAACUCACAGUGCAGCAGUUUGAUUUUAAUUGGUGCAACGAACAGAUCACGUUUUAUCCUAAAAUGCAUAAGCAUGUUACUUACCGUUUCUGAUGAAACAAGUUAAAUUUGCACUGUACUAUUAUAUACACUGAAGUGCUGAAAAAUCAGUAACCAUCAAUUAUUGACAUGGGCAAUUCAAUCGAUCCCAAUAACUCGAAUCCCCGCUAACUUGAACUGUAUUACAAAACUCUAAAAACACAUUAGAAUCAAGGGAAGCCCCGAAUAAUGGCUCUGUUUUAUUUACAAUUUCCCGCCCCUAAUAUAACUAUUGUAGUCAUCAACUUGAAGUUUGAACGUGUCUUUGGCCAGGAUGGAACCAGGUUGCGACUUGAUACUUUUUUAGAACUUUUUUUGCUGUCAAAAAAUGACAAAAAACCGAUGAUAGAAUUAUCCUUUUGGAGUUCCAAGUAUGAGAUGACAAAGAAUACUUACCGUAUUUCCUAGAAUAAUACCCGUCCCUCGAUUAAUCGCCUCUCUCGAACUAUCGCCCCUCUAUGGUAGACGGGCGUUCUUUUAUCCUCUCCCUGUCAAGUUGAAGUGGAAUCUGAUCCAGCAAAACUGAUCAGUGAUGAUUCAAACUCUGAAAAUCAAUCGAGGAACCAAAUUUGAAACAUUUAAAAAGCCAAUGUUCAGUUUAUUUGAUGUGAUCAUAAAACAAAAUAUUUAGGGAAGGACUUCAGUGACCAAUAUUUGAAAUAAAGCCUCCCUCAAAUAAUCGCCCCCUUUUCAUGCGAAAACAGAAAUACUCGCCCCCGGCUAUUAUUCGAGGAAACACGGUAGUUUAAGUUCAGCUCAGCUUUAACCAAAAAGGACAGGAAUUCGCCGUGACAGCCACUUUAAGAUAGAGUUGUACCCUAGUAGAGUUAAAUAAGCUCAAACAUUCUCAGGGACGGCCAACAACUAGCCUGAUAUUCAUAUGAGCUCUGCAGCUUCUUACGAAAUAAAUCUUUCAGCUAGAACGACUCUAACAGUUACUUUAAGCCCAUUGACAUCUUCUCAUAGGACUUCCGUCUCCCUUAUAACCGGGGCAACAAAGUCCUCAUAUCGAUUAACAUAUUGUUAUUUUCAGUAAACCACAAGGCAUUGGUUGAUGAACAGAAAGCGUCGUUAUCUGGGGAAGAUCUUCGAGUAUUCUAUCGCGCUAAUGAAAGUAGCUUGCCGGUUGAGAUUGAUCGCAUAAUCAGCAACGUGUAUACAGCUAACACAAGUGUUCAGUUCAGGACCCAAGAGGCGAUAACCGCAAAUACUAUUGAUGCCAACUCGUACGCUCUAGUUUUUGGUGGCAAGCCACCUCAUGGGGUCAAAGCUGACAAAAAGAACGUCUUCGCCUUCUUUGAAGAUUUCUCCACCUCAGACCUUGGGAAGUGGACCCGAGUAUGGGGAGAGUGGACUGUAAAGAAUGGGCAUUUGUUUGGAAAGACUGGAAAAUCUGCUUUUGGUUACGCUGAGGUAGGACUUUAUCUCACAAAAGGUAAAGCAUGGAAGGACAUUGAAGUAGACCUGGAUUUUAUGGAGACGGGCUCACACGUAGUCUAUCCUGGGCCUUUUUUCCGAGUUCAGGACUUCAGGCUACAGCACACAACAGCCUGGUGGUUUGAGUAUUACACAGAUCAUAAAGACUGUACCAUGAGACCCUUCGUUAACAACAAAGACGGUAGUUGGAUUUACAAAUGUCAGCUCCCUGAACCACUUGUUAAAAAUAAAUGGUUUCACUUUAAGUAUCGUUUGAUGGGGAACAAAAUAACUCAGUGGGCCAAUGGUGUUUCCAUACAAAACACUGCAGUAAGCAGCACGUGGAUGAUCCCCAGCGGCACCAUAGCUUUGGGCUGUCAUAGCAUCUACAGUGGGAGUCUCACCGGCUGCAGGUCAUAUUACGACAAUAUAAAGGUCCGCAUCCUUGUAAAAACCAAACCCAGAGUGAUCACAGGAAACAUUUGUCGCCUUCCUCUUCACAAAUAUCCGACCCUUGGAGAAAAAAUGAGGCCUGCUGACUCUUGCAAGCAGAUCUACGAUGCGAAUCUCACUGGGAAAUCCAAAUCAUCGGCUGUUAAUGGGGUCUACUGGAUCAAGACAGCAAAAGCAGGUACGAAAAGCAGCCCAACGUUCUGUGACAUGGACAAAGGUGGAUGGACUCUUGUUGGAAAAAUCAGCGGCCAGGUGGGAAACAUCUUCAAUUCGUGGCUUGUACGAAACGUCAACAGUAACCUUUUGAAGUCGCCCGGAAUGAACUCGGGCAGCAUUGAAUAUGCCUGCCUGGAUGCUCGACAUCUUGCUGUAUGUCAUUCGUCUGAGGUUAUGUUCUCGAGCAGCGAAAAUCAUUCCGGAGUUGGAAACAGGUGGAUUCGAUGGAAGAUGCCAUUGGACAGAAAUUAUGGUACUUGGUGGAAUCAUGGCGUCGGUCAGGCAAAAGUGGCAGCAGCUACUGCAAACCAAGUAACUGUUACGGCAUCGAAUGGGAAAAGCCAGGUACGAGAUGAGCAAUGCAAGAAAAAGGAACGAAUUUCAUGUUUGCCUAGUUACCCGAAUAAGUAGUCGAACCAGUGGAGAGUGAGAUAAUUGCAUGCCCAACGUAGCAAUUCCUUAUGCAUCGCUCUCACAGAUUUACCAUGUUGAACAAGCUGGCCACAGUUUAGCCACUUUUCAUGAAAUAGUUCUCAGAAAAUAGCAGACAAUGAACUUAAGUGUUGCCGAGGACCUUCUAGUCUCUUUCUUUUGCCUUACAAUAUAACAUGUAGUGCGCUCGAUAGCCAUUUUUUAAAGCAGUUUUUCGCAAAUCCGCUGGGUUUGUUGCCGUUGUUUUUAUAUCUUUCGAUAACAUCUGUCUUUCUUUCCAUUAGGUUUGUUACCAGAACAUGUACGGGAUAAUGCCAUUGCAGCAACACGGUGGUUCGUACCCUUACGCCUCGAUUAACAAGCAAGGAAAUACUGCUGUGAAAGACUACUGCAUGGCGGUUGGAGUGAUGUUAGCAGGUUCCAAAGCAAACGGAUGGAGUCAGAACGCUAAUGGAUAUGACAGUCCUAAGAGCGAUUCUGAUUGGCCAAACACACGAUAUGAUCACUUCACUCCCCAUUUGCUGGUUUGGCUCAAGUAAAAGGCAUAGAACGAGGGACCGAAGUAAUUAAAGCCUUUCUUUAAUUGCUAGAUUAUUAUGUUCUCUUUUUUUUCUUAAAAGCGUAUCUAAAGUGGCUUGGUAACUAACUAACUGAUUGAUUGAUUGAUUUAAUGACUGAUGGAUUUAUUGAUUGAUUGAUUGAGUCAGAAUUGGCUGUUUGAUUUAUAUAUUGACUGAUUGUUUUGAGAUCUCGUACUGUACUCGUAACAAUAAACUGAAACUUGAUAAUAUUUGGUUUGUUGAAGUGCUAGAGCUGGUAACAUACUUGCAAGAUAAGCUUAGGGAGUACAUUUAGAAAUAAAGGAGUAGCC